AUGGAAGUGAAUGCUAAAGACUUAGGAAGGAUUCCUUAUCUAAAAGCUUUUCGAAAGAGACAUAAAUUCAUUCAUAAAGCACGAUACAACCUACACAUUUUAACUGCAGCGCUAUCUCAAUCAAUCAUCAAAAAGCAUCUUGAAAAAGUUGGUUCUCCUAAAUCCCCAUUGUUAGACAUUCAUCGCAUGGCUGAAUGUUGCUAUUUAGAUAAGUUAAUCAAUUUUCCAUUAACUUAA